CAAAACCCCGAGAGGCUCUCGCUCGCUCGCUCUCUCUCUGUCUCUCUCUCUCUCUCUCUCUCUCUCUCUCUCUCUGUGUGUGUGUGCCUAGAGUAUGGAUACGUUUGAGUAUACAGAAAUGGAUGAUGAUCUACCUGAGUUUACGCUAGCUGAGUUUCUCCAUCAUCUCUUCAGGGAGAGUUGUGGUGUGAAAAGAUUCCUAGAUCAUUACCCGUUGUUUCGGUUUCGAAUGUUGAGAAUGUGGCAUGUGAACCAGAUGGUGACCCAACUAUUGAGAAUACAUAAUUAAAUACAUUCAAGGAGCAAGGGAAGGUUUAUGUUAGGGACAAAGAAAGACAGGAGGUUACUUGGAUCUAAGAGACUGCUUCUUCUGAUCUUCCACUGCCGUCUCCUUCUAUUGAUGAGAGUACAGAUUAUGGAAAUGGAGGGCAAAUUUAAGGAAGUGGGAGAAAAGUCCUUGAGUCAAGAUUUUUGUCAAGAGCUUGUAGCCAGUUUUAAUUGCUCGAAACAUCGAACUGGAAAAUCUGCUAUAGGAUGGGAACAGGUGCAAAGUUGGUUCCUAGAUAAACAAAGAGAAGUGGAAGCUAAAGUCACUACCUCACCUUUUGCCCCGAAGGAAUUUAAUUCACCCUUAACACCCGAAAGUCCUCAGAAGCCUAAAGCUGAAAGGAUUGCAGGUCUUUCAGAGUUGGUAUUUGAAGCUAAAUCAGCAAAGGAUUGGGCUUGGUAUGAUGUUGCUUCGUUCCUCAACUACAGAAUUGUUAGUUCAGGAGAACUGGAAGUUCGUGUACGAUUUGCAGGAUUUCGUUACGAGGAAGAUGAGUGGGUCAACGUAAAAAGGGGAAUCCGUGAGCGUUCUAUUCCUUUAGAACCUUCAGAGUGUCAUCAGGUCAAGGUUGGAGAUCUUGUGCUAUGCUUCCGGGAAAAUGAGGAUCUUGCUAUAUACUGUGACGCAUACAUUGUACAAAUCCAGAGGAGAGUACACGAUGCAACGGGCUGCAAGUGCAUCUUUGUGGUUCGUUAUGACUAUGAUGAUGCUGAGGCAAAAGUUCCGUUGACGAGAUUAUGUUGCAGGCCAAAAUGAUGAUAUUUAUGGGUUUCUUGAAUUCAAUAGAGCUAAAAGGGUGGUGAUGAAAACUUAAAACCAAACAUUUAUUAUUAUUAUUUGCGUUUGUAAAUUAUUUGUCUUGAGGUGGAAGUGGAAAACAUUGCCUGUGCGGUUCAGGUAUGGUUGCUUCUCGUCUUUGUUGAAAUUCCCAGCCACCAUUGCCUUGGGUGGAGUGGGCUCUGAAUGGUUCAGAUUUGCUUUUUGUCUAUUUAGGCUCUAUUUCCUCUUUUACUUUUUGAUGUUGUAUUGUGACUUGUAGAAAAGGAAAACUGAGGUACAUUUUCCUUGCUUUUGAGGUGGAAUGAAAAUUGCUAAGAAGAAAAAUGAGAAAUUUUCAGUAA